AUGUAUGAUCCUCAGAUCCAAUAUGCAUCACUGCACAACCCACUCCCACUUCAGCUUCACACCUACGUUUGGCCAUUCUUGAUCGUCUGGCCAGUCUUUUUCGCCUUUUACCUCUCCCCCGAUCGCUAUGAUACGUACAUCCAAGGACAAGAAUGGACUUUUGUCUUCGCGGGUACCAUCGUCACGGCGCAGUCGCUCUUCUGGUUGAUGACAAAGUGGAACAUCAACCUUAAUACGUUGUUCACUACUACCCGGGCCAAGUCUGUUGAAACAGCGAGUUUGAUCAAGAUCAUUCCCGUCACAAACGCAGGCACCGCUGAAAUUUGCCCCCUCGUUCGUGAGAAUUUUGGCGGCAAGAAGAACAUUUCAUUCCUGUUCCAGAAACGCCGUUUCCUGUUCUAUCCGGAAACCGGUACUUUCGCGCCACUGUCGUACGCCCUCGACGCCGAACCAAAGCCAGCUCUCAAGCUGUUCCAGCAGACUAAGGGAUUGACUACCCAGGCUGAGCUCGACCGGGUGCAACACCACUAUGGCGACAACACCUUCGACAUUCCUGUCCCGACCUUUGUGGAGCUUUUCCAAGAGCAUGCUGUUGCCCCGUUUUUCGUCUUCCAGGUGUUCUGCGUGGGGCUCUGGAUGCUGGAUGAAUAUUGGUAUUACUCGUUGUUCACCCUCUUCAUGCUUGUUGCCUUUGAGAGCACCGUCGUCUGGCAGCGUCAGAGAACCCUCAACGAGUUCCGCUCAAUGAACAUCAAGCCAUACGAUGUUUGGGUGCACCGUCAGAACAAGUGGCAGGAAAUUACCAGCGAUAAGCUCCUCCCCGGUGAUCUCAUGUCCGUGAACCGUACCAAAGAAGAUGGCGGCGUUGCUUGUGACAUUCUCCUCAUCGAGGGAAGCGUAAUCGUCAACGAGGCAAUGCUUUCUGGAGAGAGUACUCCUCUCCUCAAAGAAUCCAUCCAGCUGCGACCCGGGGACGACCUGAUUGAACCUGAGGGACUAGACAAAAACUCUUUUGUGCACGGAGGUACCAAGGUCCUUCAGAUCACUCACCCCAACUCCAAUGGCGAUGAUAUUGCGAAGAGUCUGCCCGUUGGCGUCCGUCCUCCUCCCGACAACGGUGCGGUGGGUGUCGUGGUGAAGACAGGCUUUGAGACCAGCCAGGGCAGCCUGGUACGAACCAUGAUCUACUCUACGGAACGUGUGUCUGCGAACAACGCUGAGGCUCUGCUGUUCAUUCUCUUCCUUCUGAUCUUCGCCAUUGCUGCAUCUUGGUAUGUCUGGCAGGAGGGCGUGCAGAAAGACCGCAAGCGCUCUAAGCUUCUUUUGGACUGUGUUCUCAUUGUCACGAGUGUUGUGCCCCCCGAGCUUCCCAUGGAACUCAGUCUGGCUGUCAAUACGAGUCUCGCAGCUCUCAGCAAGUUUGCAAUCUUCUGUACCGAGCCUUUCCGUAUUCCCUUUGCCGGACGCGUGGACAUUGCGUGCUUUGACAAGACCGGCACUCUGACUGGUGAAGAUUUGGUUGUCGAUGGUAUUGCUGGAUUGACUCUGGGCCAGUCUGGUGCCACUGUUGAAGCUGAUGGUGCUCACACCGACCUGUCAAAGGUGUCCGCUAUUGGACCUGAUACCACACUGGUGCUGGCCAGUGCCCACGCCCUAGUGAAACUGGACGAGGGUGAAGUUGUGGGUGAUCCUAUGGAAAAGGCAACAUUGCAAUGGCUUGGCUGGACUCUGUGCAAAAACGAUGUCUUGACCACUAAGAAAUCUGCCCCCGUGAUCCAAGGCCGUCCGGUUGAAUCUGUGCAGGUGAAGAGACGAUUCCAAUUCUCGUCAGCACUCAAGCGCUCCAGUACAAUUUCCACAGUCACCGCUGUCGACCCGAAGACGUCCAAGAAGAGCAAGUCCACCCUCGUCGCCGUGAAGGGUGCUCCCGAGACCAUUCAAUCUAUGCUCGUCCAGGCACCUCCCAACUACGAAGAGACUUUCAAGCAUUUCACUCGCAAUGGAGCGCGCGUGCUUGCUCUUGCCUACAAGUAUAUCUCCACUGAGUCGGAACUCUCCCAAGGUCGCGUGAACAACUUCGUUCGUGAAGAAGUCGAGUCAGAGCUGGUGUUUGCUGGGUUUUUGGUCUUACAAUGCCCUCUCAAGGACGACGCCAUCAAGGCUGUCCGCAUGCUGAACGAAAGCAGCCACCGUGUUGUCAUGAUCACGGGUGAUAAUCCACUUACUGCUGUUCACGUGGCUCGUCAGGUAGAGAUUGUCGAUCGCGAGGUUGUCAUUCUGGACGCGCCCGAGCAUGAUACUUCUGGAACUAGACUUGUGUGGCGCACCAUUGAUGACAAGUUGAACACUGAUGUCGACCCAACCAAGCCUCUCGAUCCCGAGAUCAUCAAGUCGAAGGACAUUUGUAUCACUGGUUAUGCUCUUGCCAAAUUCAAGGGCCAAAAGGCUCUCCCCGACCUGCUCCGCCAUACAUGGGUUUACGCUCGUGUUUCUCCUAAGCAGAAGGAGGAGAUUCUGCUCGGUCUCAAGGAUGCUGGCUACACUACUCUCAUGUGCGGUGAUGGAACCAACGACGUCGGUGCUCUGAAGCAGGCUCAUGUCGGCGUCGCACUUUUGAACGGUUCUCCUGAAGACUUGACCAAGAUCGCUGACCACUACCGUAUCACCAAGAUGAAAGAGUUGUAUGAGAAGCAGGUCGGCAUGAUGCAACGCUUCAACCAGCCGGCCCCGCCAGUUCCUCUUCCCAUUGCUCAUCUUUAUCCUCCUGGUCCUGGGAAUCCGCACUAUGAGAAGGCUAUGGAGCGAGAAUUGCAGAAGAAGGGCGCGGCCGCGAUUGCUGAGGGCGAGAAGUCCGGCGAGCAGAUCCAGACGAUCACCACUCCUGGAGCGCAAGCACUUCAGCAGGCGAAUGCCAACCAGACCGGGGCUCAGCAACGCCAGCAGCAGGCCCAAGUAGCAGCUGCUGGACUGGCUGACAAGCUCACCUCGUCCAUGUUGGAGGCCGAGUUGGACGAGAGCGAGCCGCCCACCAUCAAGUUGGGAGACGCUUCCUGUGCCGCUCCUUUCACCAGCAAGCUUGCCAAUGUCAUUGCUAUUCCGAACAUCAUUCGCCAGGGUCGCUGUACUUUGGUUGCUACUAUUCAAAUGUACAAGAUUCUCGCUCUGAACUGCCUGAUCAGUGCCUACAGUCUGAGUGUCAUCUAUCUCGAUGGCAUCAAGUUUGGUGAUGGUCAGGUGACCAUCAGUGGCAUGAUGAUGAGUGUCUGCUUCUUGUCCAUCUCCCGUGCCAAGUCUGUCGAGGGUCUUUCCAAGGAGCGCCCCCAACCGAACAUCUUCAACGUGUACAUCAUUGGAUCAGUCCUUGGACAGUUCGCGAUUCAUAUUGCGACGCUGAUCUACCUGACUCAAUACGUGUACAAGAUUGAGCCAGGAGACAACAUCGAUCUCGAGGGCGAAUUUGAGCCGUCUCUCUUAAACAGCGCCAUUUACCUGCUCCAGUUGAUCCAGCAAAUUUCGACCUUUUCUAUCAACUACCAGGGUCGUCCUUUCCGCGAGUCCAUUCGUGAGAAUCGUGCCAUGUACUGGGGUCUGGUCGGCGCGACUGCCAUUGCUUUCUCCUGCGCCACCGAGUUCGUGCCGGAGAUUAACGACAAGCUGCGUUUGGUUCCUUUCAGCACCGAGUUCAAGGUCACCUUGACCGUUCUCAUGAUCUUUGACUACGCUGGUUGCUGGCUCAUCGAGAACGUCCUCAAGACCUUGUUUAGUGACUUCCGACCCAAGGAUAUCGCCGUCCGUCGUCCUGACCAGCUAAAGCGUGAGAUUGAGCGCAAGGCCAAAGAAGCAGCUGAGGCUGAGGCACAGAAGGAGGAGCAGCGCAAGGUUUAG